GCGAACAGUAGCCUAUGUGCUAUCUGAGUGAGAUAUCGGUUUAAUCCUAAUUAAGGACCACGUUCAGGUUUUGGUACGUCACAUAUUAAACUUUCCCUUUAGAUGAUAAUUAAUUUCUUGAGAAAGACACGUUAGCUGGUGGGAGUAGUGCUGUUUUUGUUUUCAGAUAGGUUAGCCUGGUUAGUUGUGUUAGUCAGUGAAUGAACUGCAUUGUAUUCAUUCAUAAUCGCACUGAUUUAUUAGCAAAAUCUAUUUGCUAAUGCUGAGAUCAGCGGGGGGUUAAUAACUCAUCCCGCCAUGGCUCAACGAGACCAUCAUCACGAGUCUGCUCAUAAAAGAUGCACAGACUCCAGCAGUGAUUAUAACACGAAUAAGCGCCGUAGACCAUCAGAUGAAAGGCAGCACAGAGCAGCCGAGACUCUGAGCGCUCACAGACAGCUGUAUGAGAGACACUUCCCGCUCUACAAGCAGCCUGUGGAGGUGGGCUGCUUCUCUCUGGACUCUCACAGGAGCUUCUACAACGACCAGAGGCGGCUGCGGUACUAUGUCCAGCCCCGGAAAAGUCCAGAUUUGAAUUUAAGGGACGGAUACACCAGCCGCUUCGUAAAGCGAGAUGAAAGCGUGAAAGAGAAGCUUGAUCACGUGCUGAAGUGGAUUCUGGCCAACAGAGACAAGAUUCAAAGCAGAGACCACACCCCCUCAUCCGGCGCUCUAGGAGUGGACUUUGUGACAUGGAGAGGACACCUAACCAAAGUGCUGACCACCCCAUACGAGACUCAAGAGGGAUGGAUGCUGGCCGCCUCCAAAUUCAGAGGCACCAUCUACAUCAGUGAGGUGGAAACAGAGACUGCCAGAGUGAACCGAGAGACCCGCUCCGAGCGACAGGAGGAGAUGAUGUACUGGGGCUACAAGUUUGAGCAGUACAUAUGCGCAGAUGAUGUGGAUGGGACUCCAGACCCAGGGGGCGUCGUGAACACAAACGAGGCGUUCUGUACGGUGGUUCAGACGCGUCUGGCUGACCAUAAGCUGCUCUUCUCUGGAGAGGUGGACUGCCGCGUCAGAGACCCCGAUGCUCCUGCGGCGCCGGGAUGUUAUGUGGAGCUCAAGACCUCCGCAGAGAUCUGCACCCCGAAACAGCGAAGCAACUUCCACAGGAACAAGCUGCUGAAAUGGUGGGCGCAGUCGUUUCUUCCUGGAGUGCCACAGAUAGUCGCUGGGUUUCGAGACCAUGAUGGGAUAGUGGUGUCUGUUGAGACCUUCCAAACCUCGAAAAUUUCACAACUCAUCAAGAAUGAGUAUAACUGCUGGAAGCCAACAGUCUGUAUGAAUUUCUGCAACGAUUUCUUGUCCUUCGUCAAAUCAGUCGUCAAAGAGGACGACCCUAGACUGGUGUACCUGUUCACAUGGGAUCCACACAGAGACGUGACCUUCACCGUCCACAGAGACUCUCAGUAUACCUUCUUACCAGAGUGGUACAUAAAGGACACGAGGAGCCAUCCUUCAUCUCACCACUGACAUACUGAGCUCACAGCCUCACACCGUAUGCAGUACAUCAGGACAUCUUUGUCAUGUUUAUGAAUCAUGUACAUACUAUAUAUGUGCUGUGCAUGACUUGCCAUUGCUUGUGUUUGCUCUGGAUGCUCUGGAUUCAGUUCGUGGCCUUGGAAAGAAAACGUACAUAUUUAAAGUCACAGACUUUUUAAACCGUUCUAUAAAAUGACACGUUUACAUCACGCUGGUCCUAAUUUCUGAAACGCAUGCAGAAAGAAUCUGUACGUUUCUUGUGUAAAUUCUUAACAUUUAAUUAAAAGCGAGAACUGAACAAUGAUUUUACACACUAGUUUCACUAGUCUAUUAUGACGUGGAAGAAUAAUAGAUAUCGUUCUCAAGUUUGUGGCUGUGGUUCAUUAAUUUGUUCCCUCGUUUUAAUUCAAUUGUAUACUCGUACCCUCAUUUUUAUUUAAAUCAUUGCCACAACAAGGUAACAAAUUAGUACAUGGUGAAGAUUUCACUAAAGCAAGGAAAUGAAUUAAGACAUGCGAUUGCAAGUGACUUCAUAAUUUAGUUUCUUUUGUCUUGUCUUCACCA